CUCAACGUCGAAUUCAUCUUGGUCUUUCAGAUGAUGAUCGACAUUCUCAUUUAAAUGUUAUUAAAAUGCUUUCAUGUCUUAUUGCUGAAUAUAUUAUUCGAUUUGAUAAUGAUCAAACAAAUAAAUCACCAGAUGUUGAUAUGCCUCCAUCGAAAAAACGCAAAAAAGCUAAAGCAUCGAAAACUAAUGAAAAAUCAAGUUUAACAUCUGAUUCAUUGAGAGAUAAAUGUUUAAAAGGUCUUUGUGAUAUUAUUCGAUCACAUAUUAAACCAUUAUGGGAUCCUUCAAUCAUUGAUGAACAAUUUGUUAAAUGUGUUACUAAACCAUGUUAUCAUUUAAUACGUCGAACAGAUAUUGCAAAGAAUCCAAUUGUAAAAGAAAAUCUUCCAUUAAUACUUACGAUUAUGAUUAAUAAAUUUGAACAUGCACGAGAAGCUUCUAUUCAAUUUAUUCAAGCAGUUAAACUUUAUAAUAGUAAUUCAAGUUUAUUGAUUGAUGUUCUUAAUUUACUUUUAACUAAUUAUCAAGAUACAUCAUUAGCUAUUGAAUUUUUAAAAGAAAUUCGUGAAACUAAUUUUGUUGCUGCACAAGCUGAUAAUGCAUCUGCUAAAACCGUGGCUACAUUUAUUAUUGAUAUGGCUAGACUUGAUCCAGAUAUUAUUCGAACACAUAUUGAUCAAAUAACUGAUCUUUUAACAGCUGAGAGUCGUCAUAUUCGUGUUGCUGCUUUAACAGCAUUAUGUUCUGUUAUUGAAAAACUUCUUUCAUCUGAGGAAUUAGAUGAUGGACAAG